AUAAAUAUUGACAGCGCGGUCGAAGGGAAGAUCUCAAAUUGCACUUAAUCUCGUCAUAGGAUUAACAUAGUAUAAUAUUCGUUUUCUUUGGUUUUCGCUCUACAGUGGAAGUACUAAGACAUCGUUUUACUUCGCGUUGAACAAAGGUGAAGAUGACUUCAGUAUUGAAGCGAGCUUCCAAGAAGAGCAAGCCUCAAACUCAAGAAAGUGGAACAGGAAAAACAUGGCUUCAUCCAGCCGAAACUUUGCAGCAAGGAUCUGUAGUUUAUUCUGUCAAGCUUUUGGGGCAUACAGAUGUACCCCAAGCAAAAGGGACAGACAUUGUUAGGGAAGCCAUCAAGAAAGUCAAGUUUGCAAAUCAUAUCAAAAAGAGUGAAGCUGGUGUCAAAGGCAGUAAAUUGAAAAAGGUUGAGAUCAAGAUAUCCAUCAACGAUAUCAAAGUAGAAGAUGUCAAGACAAAGGAGGAGCUAUACUCAUACCCACUUCACCGUAUAUCCUAUUGUGCUGACGACAAACGCGAUAAGAAGCUGUUUGCUUUUAUUGCCAAAGAUUCUGGCCAACAGCAUCAUAACUGCUAUGUUUUUGAGUGCGAAAAAAUGGCAGAAGAACUCACCUUAACUGUAGGACAAGCUUUUGAUCUGGCUUAUCGAAGAUUCUUGGAAAAGAAGGCUCUUAAUGACAAUUCAAAGAAAAAACUUAAUGAGAUGGAAGAAAAAAUCAAAACUGCUGAAGAAGAGAAAGAGGCAUUGAAACAAAAAAUUGCUGAACUAGAAAUAGCUGCAAGUCAAGGCUCAGGGCCCCCUUCAAGUAAUGGAAGUAAUGAGGGUAACAGGAGCCAGUCUGAUCCAGAUGAAUUUGAUCUCUUGGGUAGUUUCAGUUCUUCUUCUGUGAUGCCCAUUUCACCGCUACAAGACACAGCACCUGUUUUCCCUCAGGAUUCAGCCAGUCAAGACAUAUUCUUUGAUCCUUUUGCACAAAUACUGCCAUCUCAGCCUCAAACAGCUGCUCCUACAUCACCUGACGUAGAUGAAUUGUCACCAUCACCUGUGAAUCCAUCUGUACCCAGACCAGCAACUGGGGGAGUACUGCCAGUUGCUCUUCCUCCUCCUCCAACCAAAGAAAGUGUCAAAGCAGCCAAUCGAAUGAAAACAAACAGUGGUAGCGCAGCUCCAGUCAUGUCACCCACAGCUAUGUCACCCCUACCACAAGUAGAAUCACCACCAGUUUCUCAGUCAGCACCUUCAGAUGAUCUACUACAACUGAGUAGUGGCCACUCAGCUAAUCCAUUCUCCAGUGGUCUUAAUGGCGCUGAUCCAUUUGCAGAUGAUGAUCUGUUUGAUCCUUUUGCUUCUAAGAACAACUUCUUUGACAGUGGGAAGGAGAUCAAUCAAAAUUUACCGAGUGCAUUUCCAAGUGACCUAGUCCUUCAUUAGAAGAAGGAGAAAAUUGGAAAAUAAAACUACACCAGCAAGGGUCAAAGAUGUUCUUAGACACCAAAAGUGGACAACAGAAUUCAUAGAGUUUUAAGUGAAUCCAAUACAGUUAUUGUUCACAGCGCAAUUGUGACUUGUAUAUUUAAAUUAAUGCAGCAAUAUUUCUGGAUAAUGAAGAAAAAAAAGGAUUGUUUUACUGUGAAGACUUUUUUUUAAUGAAUGAUCUUAAAGUUGUAGAUACUGCGGAAUGAUUUAACAUUAAAUAGAAGGAUGCCAUUGAUAAAGAAGAAGAAGGAAAAGAAAAAGAAUACAUUUUAAAAUGUCUUAUUGAUAUUGUCCACUGAUAUUCCUCUGAAAAUUAUGUGUCAGAUGCUAGAUUUAAAGUUUAUUGUUCUUUGGUGAUACAGUUUGUUGUCAUUGUGCAUCAAUCAAUUGGAAGCUUCAACAUUUCCCCCCCCCUCCCCUGGUCUGGGAAUUUUAUAUUUUGAAGAUGGGUUUGUUCAAAUUCUGCCCAUCAAGAAAAAAUUUUGUUCAAAUACCCAUACAAAUUUUUUAAAGGCAAAAUCAGCUACUGUAAUGCUUUACAAAUUGACCAAGCUCCAAAACCUUUUCUUCUGAGCUGUUUUCUCAUGAAAGUGGGCUAUUUACCCUAAUUAGCCUGCUAUAUUGAACCACUAACACUUGCAUUCCACCAACAAGACCCAUCUCUUCUAGUUCAAAUUUCUUACCCCAGCCAGGCAAGGUUCAAAUUCUUUACCCACCCCCCUCCCCCUGGCAUGGAUGAUGGUCAGGUCUGUAUGGGAAGGGGGGGAAGGGAGUUGUUGAAGCUUCAAUUUGAUGGAUGCAUCAGUAAGUCAACCUUGUAACUCCUAAGAUGUUACUUUUCGUAAUCCUCCUAUUGAGUUCCAUACAUACCCUUGUAAAUUAGAAUGGAGAAUUUGGUGUUACAUCAAGGCGACACCCUCAAGCUGAUAAGCUUGUAAAGAGAAAUUACGUGUCAAAUACUUCAAAGGAUUUAAGCAUGAGAUUUUAUGGCAACAGUAAAUGGCAAAUAUGAACUCCCAGCAGACAUCUCUUGUUCCAGUUGAUCCAAAUAUAUAUUUUAUGCACUAAAAGGGUUGAAAGUCAGUGAUAGGUAGUUAAAUUUUUUGUCACAUCACAUGGAUGUCAUGCAUAACUUUUUUACUUUCAAGGAAACUGCAUAGGAUGAGCAAAAAAAGAUUCAAGACAAAGAACUUGGCUUUAGUGAAUUCAUUUCCUGUACCUUGGUGUUAUUGCAAAAUAUAACUAUUGAUAUGAAACA